GCUGAGGGACCCUAUAAAAUCAUCUUGACGGCAAAGCCAUUUCGUCUGGACCUGCUAGAGGACCGCAGCCUUCUACUCAGUGUCAAUGCCCGUGGACUCUUGGAUUUUGAGCACCAGAGGGCCCCCAGGGUCUCCUCUGUGGGAUCUGGUCCCUGCUCCCCUGGCUGGGAACCCCCUGGGAGAAGGAAGAUGAAAUGUUGGAAGUCCUUAAGGAAUGUAGGGAGCUUCUUGCUUUGCCAAGGGGUGGAGAGAGAUGCUGUCUGUUGCCAGUGUUCCUGGCUCUCUGCUGGGGUGCACCGAGGCUCUGGGUAGAGCUGCUUGCCAGUUGCCCUUGAAAGCAUUCGUUGGCAGAACCUCUUGUUUGAGUACCUGCAUAUGUCUAUAGCAGCCUGACCCAUGGUAUGACCCACUUGCCUUUGCAAAACCUUUGUAUUAGGCCUGGAGGCUGAGGCCCAGUGAGCCUUUUGUGGCCAGUCUCUGAGAGGCAGCAGAGCCAGUACUGGCAUUCUGAAUCCAGACCCUUGAACCACCUUGCCUAUCUCUUCUGGAAUGCUGGCAGAGGCUGGUGAUUUGGGCCUGUGUAUGGAAGGCACCUCCUGGUGGCAUUACUCCUCGUUUCCCUUUCUCAUUUCUUUCCCCAUCCUUUGCACAUGUAUCUGCUCACUGGGGGGUCCUUCUCCAAGCUUUUAACAUUCAGUCCCUUCCUCCAAUGCCUUCGUUCCUUUGGACCCUUGGCUCUCUAUUCCCUCACCCCUCCUUCCACUAGCCCCUCGUCCCUGCCCCCUCUGGAUUGGAGCAGACAGCUCUCCUACCUUCCAGGCAAGGAUCAAAAGACCCAGCUGAGGGCGAUGGGGCCCAGCCCGAGGAAACACCUGGGGAUGGAGACAAGCCAGAGGAGACUCAGGGGAAGGCAGAGAAAGAUGAGCCAGGAGCCUGGGAGGAAACAUUCAGAACUCACUCUGACAGCAAGCCAUAUGGUCCCACGUCUGUGGGUUUGGACUUCUCUCUGCCAGGCAUGGAGCAUGUGUAUGGGAUCCCCGAGCAUGCAGACAGCUUGAGGCUGAAAGUCACUGAGGGUGGGGAGCCAUAUCGCCUCUACAAUUUGGAUGUGUUCCAGUAUGAGCUGUACAACCCCAUGGCUCUGUAUGGAUCUGUGCCCGUGCUCCUGGCACAUAGCCCUCAUCGGGACCUGGGCAUCUUCUGGCUCAAUGCCGCUGAGACCUGGGUUGACAUUUCCUCUAACACAGCAGGGAAGACCUUGUUUGGGAAGAUGCUAGACUACCUGCAGGGCUCUGGGGAGACCCCGCAGACGGAUGUGCGCUGGAUGUCAGAGAGUGGCAUCGUUGAUGUCUUCUUGCUUCUGGGGCCUUCUGUCUCUGAUGUGUUCUGGCAGUAUGCUAGUCUCACAGGGACCCAGGCAUUGCCCCCGCUCUUCUCCCUCGGCUACCACCAGAGCCGCUGGAACUACCGGGACGAGGCCGAUGUGCUGGAAGUCGACCAGGGCUUCGAUGAUCACAACCUGCCCUGCGAUGUCAUCUGGCUGGACAUUGAGCAUGCUGAUGGCAAGCGGUACUUCACCUGGGACCCUAGCCGUUUCCCCCAACCCCUCACCAUGCUUGAACACUUGGCCUCCAAGAGGAGGAAGUUGGUGGCCAUUGUGGACCCCCAUAUCAAGGUGGACUCUGGCUACCGUGUACAUGAUGAGUUGAGGAACCAGGGUCUGUACGUUAAAACACGGGAUGGCUCUGACUACGAGGGCUGGUGCUGGCCAGGUGCAGCUGGUUACCCUGACUUCACCAAUCCUGCAAUGAGGGCCUGGUGGGCUAACAUGUUCAGCUUUGACAAUUACGAGGGCUCUGCUCCCAAUCUCUAUGUCUGGAAUGACAUGAAUGAACCAUCUGUGUUCAAUGGUCCUGAGGUCACCAUGCUCAAGGAUGCCCAGCACUAUGGGGGCUGGGAGCACCGAGAUGUGCAUAACAUCUAUGGCUUCUAUGUGCAUAUGGCGACUGCUGAUGGGCUGGUGCUGCGCUCUGGGGGCAUAGAACGUCCCUUUGUCCUGAGCAGGGCUUUCUUUGCUGGCUCCCAGCGCUUUGGAGCCGUGUGGACAGGCGACAACACUGCCGAAUGGGACCAUUUGAAGAUUUCUAUCCCUAUGUGUCUCAGCUUGGGGCUGGUGGGAGUCUCCUUCUGUGGGGCGGAUGUGGGCGGCUUCUUCAAAAAUCCAGAGCCAGAGCUGCUUGUGCGCUGGUACCAGAUGGGUGCAUACCAGCCAUUCUUCCGGGCACAUGCACACUUGGACACUGGGCGGCGAGAGCCAUGGCUGUUACCAUCUCAGUACCAUGACAUAAUCCGAGAUGCCCUGGGCCAGCGAUACUCCUUGCUGCCCUUCUGGUACACCCUCUUCUAUCAGGCCCAUCGUGAAGGGAUUCCUGUCAUGAGGCCCCUGUGGGUACAGUAUCCUCAGGAUGUAGCCACCUUCGGUAUAGAUGAUCAGUUUCUGCUGGGGGAUGCGUUACUGGUUCACCCUGUAUCAGACUCCGGGGCUCAUGGUGUGCAGGUUUAUCUGCCCGGCCAGGGGGAGGUGUGGUAUGACAUUCAGAGUUACCAGAAGCAUCAUGGCCCCCAGACUCUGUACCUGCCUGUGACUCUAAGCAGUAUCCCAGUGUUCCAGCGUGGGGGGACAAUUGUGCCUCGAUGGAUGCGAGUGCGGCGCUCUUCAGACUGUAUGAAGGAUGACCCCAUCACUCUUUUCGUUGCACUCAGCCCCCAGGGUACCGCCCAAGGAGAACUCUUCCUAGAUGAUGGGCACACGUUCAACUAUCAGACUCGCCAUGAGUUCCUGCUGCGUCGAUUCUCAUUCUCUGGCAACACCCUUGUCUCCAGCUCUGCAGACCACAAAGGCCACCUUGAUACACCCAUCUGGAUUGAACGGGUGGUGAUAAUAGGGGCUGGGAAGCCAGCAGCUGUGGUACUCCGGACAAAAGAAUCGCCUGAAAGCCGCCUGUCCUUCCAGCAUGACCCUGAGACCUCUGUGUUGAUCCUGCGCAAGCCUGGUGUUAAUGUGGCAUCUGACUGGAGCAUUCACCUACGAUAACCCAAGGGAUGUUGGGGGGUGGGACGGUGCGGUGAUGAUGAGAGUUACCCUUCCCUUCUGCCUUGGAGUUUACCCUCCCCAGACUUCACCUUUCUUAUCCCAACAUCCAGAUUCUGCCAACAUCUGGGUAGGAUGAGAGACCUCUGAAUUCCUUUUUGAUCUCCUGACCUCUUCCACCCCACUGACACCAAGUCUCCCUUUAUUCCAAUGCUCUGUUGCUCUAACUGGAGCACAUUCACCUGUGAAGACCUGGAGACCACAGGGCCCUCACUUUCCCUUCUCUCUUCCUGUCUUUUGGGGGCCCUGCAUCUCCUCCAGACCCUCUGCACUGAUGCCUCUCAUGUAUCGAUGCCAUUUCUUGGAAGAAGAUGAGGACCAUGGGCUUUAGGGCCCCUUUUCUCCAUCCGUCUCCACCAAACUGCUGUCCCUCCUCCUAUAUAUAUUUCUUCUUUCUGGGUCGUCUCUGUCAGCCCUUUCCUUUUUAUUUUGACUAAUAGAUUGGGACCACCCCUUACCUGAAAAGGUAUGAAUGGAUCAAAGGAGUAAAGUUGCUGAACAUCCUCUUCCCUCUCAUCCCAACCUAUCCUCUCCCCAAUUUCUUCGCGAGCUGCUGCAGUUCAGACAGGGGCAGUUCUACCUCCCCUGUCCUUUUGGGGAAAAGAAGUUUCCAUUCCUCGAGAGGUUGGGCAUUAAACUUCUUUUGCCCCCCUUUUUUUUUUGUCCCCUUGAGGGGCACUCAAGAUGGAGAAAUCAGUUGUGGUUUCAUCGAAUCACGCACGGUCACCUGUAUUUAUUGCUGGGAGAAGGCUGGAGAAGGGGGGAGAUGAUCAUGUGUGCCCAGGGUUGGCCUGAAGCCCUGGGUGGAGGGUGGGGGAGACCUAACUGGGGGCAAGGGAGAUCAUUUGUGGGAAUUUUUUUUACUUCCUCUUGGCCUCCAGCUCUGACAGAUUUUGAUAAAAGGAGAAACAGUAAAGAUAAACCAUAAGUAACA